AGCUCGGUUCCGGGUGUGUUCGCCUCACUGGUGGCGUCGGCCGGGUCAGGUUGAUCUUCUGUCCUAUUUCCGGGCUCGUCUCUAUGGUGGCGGAGCGACCCGACCCUAGAAGAUUGAGGGUGUCGUCGUUACGGUCUCACGGGGGAGGCUAAGGGCGGCCGGCGUCCCGUGGGGCAGCCUCGGCCUCCGCCCUGCCGCCCUCCUGCAGGUGUCUUGGUUUCGAGGAGGAGCUGCAGUACUGCCUCAGUGCGUAAGGGAUGGGAUCGGAGAACAGCGCUUUAAAGAGCUAUACGCUGAAAGAGCCUCCGUUCACCUUGCCCUCUGGACUUGCCGUUUAUCCUGCUGAACUGCAAGAUGGGAAAUUUGCUUCUGUGUUUGUGUAUAAGAGGGAAAAUGAAGACACGGUUAAUAAAGCUGCCAAGCACUUGAAGACACUCCGUCACCCUUGCUUGCUAAGAUUUUUAUCUUGUACUGUGGAAGCAGAUGGCAUUCAUCUUGUCACCGAGCGAGUGCAGCCCCUGGAAGUGGUUUUGCACACACUGUCUUCUGCAGAGAUCUGUGCCGGGAUUUACGACAUACUGCUGGCUCUUAUCUUCCUCCAUGACCGAGGACACCUCACCCACAACAAUGUCUGCUUAUCAUCUGUGUUUGUGAGUGACGACGGGCACUGGAAGCUGGGCGGAAUGGAGACCGUUUGCACAGUUUCCCAGGCCACGCCAGAGUUUCUGAAGACUAUUCAUUCAGUAAGAGACCCAACAUCUAUCCCUCCUGAAGAGAUGUGUCCAGAAUUCACAACUCUUCCGGAGUCUCAUGGACAUGCACGGGAUGCCUAUUCAUUUGGAAUAUUGGUGGAAAGUUUGCUGACAAUCUUAAAUGAACAGGUUUCAGCGGAUGUUCUCUCCAGCUUCCAACAGACCUUACACUCAGCUUUGCUGAAUCCCAUCCCAAAGUGCCGGCCAGCCCUCUGCACCUUACUGUCCCAUGACUUCUUCAGAAAUGAUUUUCUAGAAGUUGUGAAUUUCUUGAAAAGUCUAACAUUGAAGAGUGAAGAGGAGAAAACUGAAUUCUUCAAAUUUCUGCUGGACAGGGUCAGCUGCUUGUCAGAGGAAUUAAUCGCUUCCAGAUUGGUGCCUCUCCUGCUUAACCAGUUGGUGUUCGCAGAGCCAGUAGCUGUGAAAAGUUUUCUUCCUCAUCUGCUCGGCCCCAAAAAAGAUGAUGCGCAGGGAGAAACCCCUUGCUUGCUCUCACCAGCCCUGUUCCAGUCGCGGGUGAUCCCGGUGCUCCUGCAGCUCUUCGAGGUCCACGAGGAGCACGUGCGGAUGGUGCUGCUCUCCCACAUCGAGGCCUACGUGGAGCACUUCACCCACGAGCAGCUCAAGAAGGUCAUCCUGCCACAGGUGUUACUGGGCCUGCGAGACACCAGUGAUUCCAUCGUGGCGAUUACCCUUCACAGCCUCGCCGUUCUGGUCUCUCUGCUUGGACCCGAGGUAGUUGUGGGUGGAGAAAGAACCAAGAUCUUCAAACGCACCGCCCCGAGUUUUACUAAAACGAUUGACCUUUGCCGAGAAGGUGAUCAGCUUUCCAUGAAUGGAAUCUCAGAUGUGAAAAAUGCUCCAGGGGACAGUGACAAUUGCCCAUCAGAUUCUAAGAAGUCUGAGGAGUGGCCUGACUGGAGUGAGCCAGAGGACCCAACUGAGGGCACACAGAUGCGGCCGGGAGAAGCACACGACGGGGCAGGGUCCCGGUGUCCCGGUGUGGCUGUGGAGUCCCCCUGUGAGCCCAGCAGUGGAGAGGCGGAAUCAAACCCGGGCGUUGGCAUCUCUGCUCCAGGACCGGUUAGCCCAGGGGUCCAGUCGCCUGUUCCUGCUUCACUGUCACUCACUGAAGAGUCGAAGCCCCGGAAAUCAAGUCUACCCCAAAAGACCAGUCUAGUUCCAAGUGGGGGUGACCCAAACCAAAUGCAGCUACCCAGAGUGUUGUCACAGGAAAGGCCACUGAGGGUACCAUCGGAACUUGGUUUGGGAGAGGAGUUUACCAUUCAGGUGAAAAAGAAGCCAGUUCUGGACCCCGAGGUGGACUGGUUUGCUGAUAUGACCCCUGACAUUAAGCCUUCAGCGGCUUUGCUUAUUUCACCUGAACUGAGGACAGCAAUGAUGGUCCCUGACAAGGAUGAUGCCUCACCAGUAAGCCAGUUUUCCUCCAAAUUUGCUGCAGCAGAAAUGACUGAGGGGGAAGCGGAAGGCUGGGGCGAAGAAGGGGAGCUGAACUGGGAAGACAAUAACUGGUGACAACGGACAUGAAUUAAACUCAAGGAAAAGUCAAAUGAAUACCUCAACAGCAGGCCACGUGCACAGUUAGACCCAGAGCAGCCCAUCUGGCCCAUCCCAGGGGAUCUUGCUUCCAGGCGUGCCAAGUGGAGUGUGACAAGGGCUGGGUAAAAGCUCUGGACGUCCAGAGGCUCUGCUGCUCUCCGCAGGGAAAGCCUGCGUGCAUUCGACACAAGGAGCUGAGCAAAGGCUGGACUGACGCUUUCUCCAGAAACUUCUGGAAGUAAAGAAAAUAAAUGCAAAAAAUCAA